UGAUAAUGGAUUUUACGAUCACACAUUUAAAAUUGAGUAAAGAGAGGGAUCAAGGGCCGAAGGGUUUCCAUAGUAACAAUGCCAAACAAAGCGAGAAUUGAACGAGUCGACAAUGGGAAACUAUGCCUGUGUGAUAUCAUUACCACUUCAACACUUUGAAAUCUAUACAACGUAGUCAUGAAAAUUAUUAUGCGUUUUUAUUUUUUUUUGGAACGUGGAAAAGUUUACAAAGUGAUAGAUUAUAUUUGUAAUUAUAUCAGUUUUUCAUCAUAAAAGUGUCUUACAAUUUCUUAUAAUCAGACAUCAUAGUGCAAGUUAUUUUUAUUAUCAGUGACAAAGAAAAUUAAAACAUGGAUAAUGUUACACGUGAUAAGACAAAGAAAACAACAUCUACACCUAACAACAGCAAUAUGCUUGAAAUACCAACAUGGUUGUUGGAAAUGACAGACAACAUAGAAAAAUUGAAUAUAAACAAUGAUAUUAAAUCACUGGAAAUGGAAACGUUUUCAAUUAAUGAUCAUCAUAUUGUGGACACUUUGCAAAAGAAAAAUGACCAUAUAAAUAUACUGUCCAACACAGAACCAAGCAAUAAUUAUGAUAUUGAUGAUAAUGUUAAAAUGCAAACAACUGCGAGCAAAUCAUUACCAAAUACACCACAGAAUGGAGAAAUUCAAGUUAAGCCAAAAAGAACACGUGCUUGCUCUGCUGUUGUAAAUGCAAAACGUCGCGUGCAAAAUGAUUUUUACGAAUUAGAUGCGUAUUUAGAAAGAAAACAAAUGGAAAAGCACGGAUAUGGUGACAAUAUAAAAACUUCUAAUGAAGAAUUUAAUUUGGAGUAUUUUACGUGUGUUGAGAAUAAUAUAGAUACACAAUUACAUGAAAAUUAUUCUAACAGUCCAGCAUUUUGUGUGCAAAAUGAAGGAAAGCCAAAAUUAUUGUCUGAUCAAUAUCAAGAAUCUUUUCAGCCUUCUACCUCAUUUGAAAUCAAUUUUGCCAAAGAUAUAAAUCUAUUAUGGAAUAAUUAUUUGCCAACAGAAAAAUCUUACAAAAAUUUUAUUAUUCCUGAAUUACCAUCCGGAGACUCUUUAGUCAUUGAUAUUCUUUCUACUUGGGGUGAUAAGCAUUAUGUAGGUCUCAAUGGCAUUGAAAUUUUUUCAAAGACUGGAGAACCAGCUACAAUCAAAGAAAUAUACACAGACACAAGCAAUAAUCAAUCGUUAGAUAAUAAUCAUAGUCUUCAAUCUGUAAAUAAUUUAAUUAAUGGUAUUAAUAGAACAAAAGAUGAUGCAAAUUUGUGGUUGACACCCUAUUCAAGUGGUGAUCAUCAUUACGUUUAUAUAAUAUUUGAAUUCACAAUCACUAUAGCAAUGAUCAGAAUAUGGAACUAUAAUAAAUCCAGAAUAUAUUCCUUUAGAGGAGCUAAAGAUGUUAUUAUUAAAUUAGAUGAUGACGUAAUUUUUUACGGAGAGAUUGCUAAAGCAACUGGUGAUGUUAUAGGCAGUCUUGAUUCUUUUGGUGAUACCAUAUUAUUUACGACGGAUGAAAAUAUCUUGGAACUGAUAUCACAGCAUGAUAACAUAUUCAUAGAACUUAAUAACGAGAUGUCAGAUUACGAAGAGAAAGAAACAAUUCGUCCGAUAACAGCAACGAUUAAUGAUAUUGUCUCAGCAAGACAUAAAACUAACGAUCUUACCGAGAGUUCUUCUAACUUAUAUACUGAUAGUAAAAUUUACAAUACAACUUCUAACGCUCUGUCUUGCAGAGAAGUUCAGUUAAUUAUUAUUUCUAAUUGGGGCUUCGAACAUUUGGUUGGACUUACUGGUAUAGAAUUAAUCGGAGAACAAAGUGUAGCUGUUCCGUUGAUAGACGCCAAUUUACACUGCAAUGUCGGCAAUACACAUUUAAACAGAUUAAUUGACGGACAUAAUGUCACAACUGAAAUUGAUCACAUGUGGCUAACUGAUGUAACAUCCGACAAAAGAAUUAUGAUAACUAUCAGUUUUAAUGAGCAAGUGUAUCUAAUAGGAAUGCGGAUUUGGAAUUAUAACGCAUCUUUGGAACUAUCUUAUUGUGGAGUAAAACAAUUGUUAAUUAAAUUGGAUGAUAAACAAUUACAUAGUGACAACUACGAGGGUUUUUUAUUAAGACGCGCGCCAGGAUCUUGUCAUUAUGAUUUUGUUCAAGAAAUUAGUUUUGUCAGUAACAUAUUUGCUCAAGUAUCUAAUCAUUCUGAUUCAAUUAAAUCGUCUGAAGAACUUGAGUCUAUGGAUUCAAACUAUGAAGCUCCGUCAAUGCCACAAGGAUUUGUUUAUCAAAUAGUAAUUUUUUCCACAUGGGGAGAUUCUUAUUACGUUGGCCUUAAUGGGAUACAAAUAUAUGACAAUCAUGGAAAUGAAAUCAAAUUGACUACAGAUAAUAUAGCAGCAUUUCCUGAGAGUGUUAAUAUAAUAGACGGUAUAGAUAAUGAUAUUCGUACACCAGACAAGUUAAUUGAUGGAAUAAAUAACACUAAGGACGGACGUCAUGCAUGGUUAGCUCCUAUACUUCCUGGACAAACAAAUCGUGUAUAUCUUAUAUUUUAUCAUCCCGUCACUGUGUCGACAAUUAAAAUAUGGAAUUAUGGAAAAACUCCGCAAAGAAGAGUUAAAGAAUUUGCAAUAAUGGUAGAUGAUCUAUUAGUUUAUAAUGGAACUUUAGAUAAAAAGAAUUUAUACGGCUUGGUAACGUUCAUGAAGGAAAGCAGCAACAGUGAAAAUAUCGUGAGCUGUUCGGAACAAGAGAGUCGAUCUUUAAAUUUACGAAGAAAUACUUCAGGCACUAAUUCAUUGCCGGAUCCAUCUCUUCGCCCACAUACAUCUUUGCAAUUUAAUUAAUCCUACGCAUUCCUGAUAAAAAUAUAUCUACAAACUAUGCGCGAAAACAGUACGUAGUAUAAAAACUCUAACAAUCAAGUUUUGUACACAUCUUCUAUGCGAAAAUUCAACUCUUAUUACGUCUUUUAAAUACAAAAAAGUUAUACACAAAUUGUGAUAUAAGCUGUAAAUAUAAUUUGUUAUUUAUAAUUUGUUAUUAUUAUCUGUCAAUGUUCACACUGUGUAACUGUAAAAAAGACGAUUGUAGCAAGCGUCAUCAACAACACUUCUUCCAACCGUAAAGAUAUUACUACGAAACAAAAUGAAAAGCAAUCAAGUAAGUAUAUUUUCUUAGAUUAUCGUUCGCGGCUCUUAAUGUUUGUACUUAGAGUUUAGAUACGAAGUCGGAGAAAUUUUUCUAGACACAAAGAAAAGAUUUUUUUAGAUUUAUUUAAGAUGCUGUGCUGGCACCGACAACACUUUCAAAUGCAAAAGUGAUGCGGUGCAGGCCGAAUAUCAAUUUAAACAUUAUCAGGAACUUUAAACAAGUCGCUCGUAGACAUUGCUAUGUAGUUGCUAAUGUGUACCAACCAUGGACAUAUAGCGCUAGCUUACAGGGCGGAAAAAUUAUUUCAGGUUUUUAUACGAUCCUGACCGGUGACUCUGAUAUAAAAGUUAAUAUAGUAAAUACAAAUAUAUAUGUAUGAAAAGAUGCAAUUUCAAGAAGUAUAUGUUUAUCAUUUUAUUAAAAUUUAUACAUCUGGGAUUUGUUACAAUUUUCAAUUUUCUUAUCUUUUAAUUGCAUUGAAAACUCUUGUUACUUAAAAUUCUCAAUAAUUAAUGAAAAUUUUAAUGAAAGAGUAGAAAAUUGGUAAAAGUAAAUCGUAAUACAUUUUAAUUUAUGAAAUAUUAUAUAUCUUUUAUGAAUUUUGAUUACGCGCGAUGCUUGCGAGUUUUUAUUAAAUGUUUUUUUUAAAUGUGUUUUUUCGAUCGCGAGGUAGCGUUUUCGAUGUAACGUUUUUGCGUUAUUCUCGCAAUUUAAAAUCCGAGAUGCGACAUGAUUCGUCUCGAUCC